UGUAUGUAUGUAUCUAUGUACAUACAAGUUUGAUUAACUUCUUAUCUACUUUUAUGAACUCUUUGUUCCAUGCUCGCUCUUUCAGAACCUUGUCAGUAAACCUACUUACAAUGAUUGCGCGUGGACGUGUCUACUAUGCGUUCUACUUGGUGUUGAUUCUGAUUCUCCUGUCCGUUCUUUCUUUAUAUUUCGCUGUGAACCUAUGCGGCUCCAAAGCGAAAGCCCCAACUAAAAUCAUCUAUAAAGCUGCGGUAGACUUACUUUACGAUGACAUCAGAAUACUCUGCAUGAUACCCUACAACUACAACAAUCCCAGCACCGUUCAAUAUGUAAAACGAACGUGGGGCAAACACUGCAAUGUCUUGCUCUUCGUGAGUGGCAAUAUCGAUAAUGAACUGGAGCCCUAUGUACCAGAAAUCAAUGGUACAGACAAUUGGACUCUGGUGCAUCGAGGCUUGAUACAUGCCUUUAAGGUUUACAAAGACGAGGUCGAUUGGUUUCUUAAAGUGGAAGACUCUAGCUUUGUGGUUAUAGAGAACCUCCGCCAUAUAAUAAACAGCAAGAAACUUUUACCUACUGCGCCGAUCUACUUUGGCCAUGAACUGGAAAAUACAUACACACAUAAGCCCUUUGUCUUCUCCAAAAGUGGUUAUGUGAUUAGCCAUGAAGCCCUAAGACGCUAUGUUGAUCUAGACAGGGAUCCAAAGACCAGCCACUGCCAGCACUUAGAUGGCUUUACGGAGGAGCUGGAGCUGAGUCGGUGUCUGAGACGAGCAGGUGUCACCACUAUAGACAGCCUUGAUGAUGACGGAAAUGAGACAUUCAUGCCCGUUCAUAUGAAUCACCACUUUUUGGAGGGCUAUGAUUACAUAAACUGGCUAAAGGACUUGGCAUACCAUAAGGUGGACACGGCAAAAGUCCCUUUGUCGAAGCGCGCCUUAGCUUUUCGUGUUGGAUAUCCACCUGAAAUAUUCGAUUAUUAUUAUUUUGUUUAUCGAGUGCAAAUAUUCGGUAUUCCUAUGCAAAGCUCCCCUAAAUUCUCGAAUUAAUAAAAGAGACUUUUAAGUCUAACUACAUAAACACAGAAAGUAUGGUUAAUUCCCCGUACUUCCCGGAAAAUGUUGCUUCUAAAACCAGAUUUAAAUCUAAACUCAUAGAGGUAUGUAAAUG